AUAAUCAAUUAUUCUCUCUCCCUCCUUCUCCUUAAGAGGAGAAAAAGCAUUUCUUCUCUCCUAAAAAGCUCCUUGGUAUCCGUCCCCAUUUCACGGCUCCUCUUUUCUCAUCUCCGCCCUCUCUAAUUCCAAAUCAAUUUACCCUUGUCGGGAGCUGUCGAUAUGGAAUCGGACGAUGAAUUUUACAGGAUGCAGGACGCGGCGGCCGAUUCAGCUGAAGACGAUUUCUAUAGUGGCGGCGAUGACGCCCUUGACAGUGAUGAUGCUGAUGUUGCCGACUACGACUUCGACAACGAUUCUGAUGACUCCGAUGAUAUCCUUUCCCAUCGCAACCAGCAAAACUACACCAUUUUGAGUGAAACGGAUAUCUGUCAACGUCAAGAAGAAGAUAUACAGAGGAUAUCUACCGUACUUUCCAUUCCCAAGGUUUCGGCGAGCAUCCUGCUUCGCUUCUACUGUUGGAGUGUCAGUAAAGUGCAUGAUGAAUGGUUUGCUGAUGAAGAAAAAGUUCGCAAGGCUGUUGGCUUAAUGGAAAAGCCAGUGGUUUGGUUUCCAGAUGGCAGAGAAAUGACUUGUGGAAUUUGUUUUGAGAGUUAUCCUCGUGAGCAGCUGCAUGCUGCUGCAUGCGGUCAUCCUUUCUGUCAUUCAUGUUGGACAGGUUAUAUUAGCACUGCUAUUAACGAUGGUCCAGGAUGUUUGACGUUGCGAUGUCCUGAUCCAUGCUGUGGUGCUGCUAUUGGUCAAGAUAUGAUUAGUUUCUUAGCUUCUGGCGAAGACAAGGGGAAGUAUUCUCGCUACUUCAUUAGGUCUUACAUUGAGGACAAUAGAAAGACCAAGUGGUGUCCUGCUCCAGGCUGUGAUUAUGCUGUGGAUUUUGUUCUUGGCAGCGGAACCUAUGAUGUUACUUGUGGCUGCUCAUAUAGCUUUUGCUGGAAUUGUACGGAGGAAGCCCAUCGUCCUGUGGAUUGCAGCACUGUCUCCAAGUGGAUACUGAAGAAUAGUGCCGAGUCUGAGAAUAUGAACUGGAUAUUGGCUAAUUCCAAGCCUUGUCCUAAAUGUAAGCGGCCAAUCGAGAAAAACCAAGGCUGUAUGCAUAUUACAUGCACACCACCCUGUAAAUUUGAAUUUUGCUGGCUUUGCCUUGGUGCAUGGUCGGAUCAUGGUGAGAGGACUGGCGGUUUUUAUGCAUGUAAUCGUUAUGAGACAGCAAAGCAAGAGGGAGUGUAUGAUGAUGCUGAGAAGCGAAGAGAGAUGGCAAAAAAUUCCCUAGAGAGAUAUACUCAUUACUAUGAACGAUGGGCGACCAACCAAUCAUCUCGACAAAAAGCAUUGGCAGAUCUACAACAAAUGCAAAUUGUGCAUCUUGAGAAGCUGAGUGACAUACAGUGCCAACCUGAAUCACAGCUAAAGUUCAUAACAGAGGCCUGGCUUCAGAUAGUUGAAUGCAGGCGAGUUCUUAAGUGGACAUAUGCCUAUGGAUAUUACUUACCAGAGUACGAAAAUGCCAAGAGGCAGUUCUUUGAGUACUUGCAAGGUGAGGCGGAGUCCGGAUUAGAACGACUUCAUCAAUGUGCAGAAAAGGAGCUGCAGGUUUACCUAAAUGGCGAGGGGCCUUCUAAAGAUUUCAAUGAAUUUCGGACAAAGCUUGCUGGACUAACUAGUGUAACUCGCAACUACUUUGAGAAUCUGGUCCGAGCCCUAGAGAAUGGUUUAUCAGAUGUAGAUGCCCAUGGUGCCUCUAGCAGAACAGGAAGCUCAAGGAGCUUGGGAGGUGGGAGCAGUCGGGGGAGAGGUGGGAAGAGCAAGGGUUCAACAUCCAGAUCGAGCGGUCCCAGUAGAAAUACAGAUGAUUCAAGCUACUGGUCUUGUGAGCACUGCACCUUUGCAAAUGUCAAGUCGGCUACUAUUUGUCAGAUGUGCCAGCAACGUCGGUAGACCUCAUUUUCCACAUUGCUCGACCCACAUUUGAGAGGAACAUGUUAAUUUUGCCUCCUUUAGCUGUCUUGUUAGGGAAGACUUCUGCAACAUUACCUGGAUGGAGAGAUUUCCAGCAGUCUUUAUCUGAAACAAGAACUUUGAUGACGUUUCAAAACAGGAAUAAAUCGGAUAAGUAUGGAAAGGGAGAGGAGGAAACUGUUUUCAAGUGACAUGGUGGAAUCAGCUGUACAUAGUUCCUGCUGUCUGCAGCCAUCUUAACGUUAUAACAGUAUUCUGUAUCAGGUUCAAUUGCAAUUGUAUUAUCCUGUAACAUUAAGAUAAGUUCAUAUACAAGAUACAAAUAUAUUUGUAGUAUGCUUGAAUCUUUUGAGUGGAUUGUGGGGGGGAAUGAUGGGCUUCAUUCGUCCUAGCUAGAAUGUAAUAAAUAUGUCAGUGUUGUAUUAGACCAGAGAAAUGGCUAAAUGCCCUAGGAUGCACCAUGUAUUGUAGUUGUAUUUUGGAGGAUGUGAUAUGAAAGAAUGAUCCACCGAUCAUCUCAAAUG